CCUUUCUUCCGACACAGGGCGGAAAAAUCCCAAUCCGAUGGACCGCUCCAGAAGCCAUAGCUUUCCGCAAGUUCACCACGGCCAGCGACGUGUGGAGUUACGGAAUUGUCAUGUGGGAGGUGAUGUCCUACGGAGAAAGGCCAUACUGGGAUAUGUCGAACCAGGAUGUGAUCAACGCCAUCGAGCAGGAUUACCGGUUGCCCCCGCCGACGGAGUGCCCCACCUCGCUGCACCAGCUGAUGCUGGACUGUUGGCAGAAGGAGCGGAACGCCAGGCCUCGGUUCGGCCUCAUCGUCGGCGCCCUGGACAAGCUGAUCCGUAACCCGGCCAGCCUGAAGAUCGUCACGCGGGAACACGGAGCGCCCUCACAGCCCCUUCUGGACCGCGGGACCCCCCACUACACUACAUUCUCCACGGUGGGAGACUGGCUCGACGUGAUCAAGAUGGGCCGCUAUGAGGAGAAUUUCGUCAACGCCGGCUUCACGACCUUCGACCUGGUCACUCAGAUCUCAGCGGAGGACCUGUUGAGGAUUGGCGUGACCCUCGCUGGGCACCAGAAGAAACUGCUGGCCAGCAUCCAGACCCUGAGGGCCCAGCUGAAACCGCCAGGGCCAGGGCGCAACUGACUGAGCCGGGAGUCACGUGGAAUCAGAUAACCCAGGCACAGAAGGUGGAGGAGGCAGAGAGAGGGCGCGAGAGAGAGGAUGCGAUUUCCUGAGCCCUUCCACCCCAACACGUCUCUCGAUCUCCUCUGGCAUCUCGGACCUUUGGGAAAAGCUUUUGGGAAUUCUGUCCCGGACUUGUUUUGCACUUUUGUUUUCUUCCUGAUACUGUUGCCAUGACGGCCGUGGCACGGCACUGGGCGUAGCCCUCUCCAGAGAGGGGGAGGGGGGGCACCCUCUCUCUCUCCGCCCCCCCCCCCCCGCCCCCUCCAUCUGGCGGGGAUGUACAGGGGUGCACACAUGGGACAAGGAGAGGUGGACAUCAAAUCUACGGGGAUGGUCCAUCGACACCACCCCAACUCAGCCUGCACGAAUCCGACGCCCGUUGGGCAUCAGUGGGAUGGCUAAAGGGGGGGGUACAAUGGGCAGUGCCCCCCCAUGAACGUCAGAGGACAAUGUAAGCCGGGUGAGGAGUUGGUGGGGGGGGAGGAGGGCAGACAGGGAGCUAACGCAGCGGAGAGGUGACACGCUCGGAUCCCGGCCUUCACAUUGAAGGCGCACUCCAGGACCGGGGAGAGGCGGACAGAACGGCAUGCUGGGUAGGCCCCUCCACGUCCCGAUCCGAGCUCUUGAUGCCUUGCGGCUCUCGCCUGCAGAGUCUUUACCCCAUGUGUUUACAUAAUGUGUUGGCCACUGUGACUAAGCUGAGCGGGAGCAUCGCUUGGGCUCCCUUUUCUGGCAGCCAGAAAGCCUGAGGCCUACUCAAGGCCUUGAAAGCCUUCCUCCUCCACCCCGCAACUCUUCACUUUGUUCCUCUUUCCUCACCACCUGGCUCCCCCAAAAAGCAAUUUGAACGAGGCUACCAUUCCCCUGAGUUUGGAAGAGUACCCACUCACCAGCAAAAUGGUUGCCACUUGACUACCCUCUGGGCUGGGCAGUAGAUUCCGGCCUAGCCAACGACGCCCUCAUCCCACGACCGAAUGUUUUCAAUAAAACCAAACAGACCUCCGGAAAGAGAAAACGGUUUUAAAAGAAAUAGAACUGGCGAAAUGGCACUUAGACGCGGCAUUGACUGGCCAGUCUUUCCCAGUGGGUCGCCCCUGGAGACGGGCUGGCGGCCAUUUUGAUAGGAGGAUGUGGCAACCUGAUGUUGGGGGGAGGGGGCAGAGGGUGGGGUGGCCACCUGUAGGGUGUGAGGUGUGAGGGGGAAAUGGGUGUGGUUGGCGGGGAACGGUGAGUGAGGCGAGAAAAUGGCGGCUAAAAAGGCUGGGCGACCACGGUUUGGGACCCGUACGGUGGCCCAGACAGGCGGCGGGCGGGGGCCCGAUCGAUGCAAUAAAAGGUCAAGGGAAGCACCUGUCCCCCUCCCGUGACCCCCCGGGGGUGGGGGUGUCGGGGGAAGGCGGAGGUGACACUGAGCGCGCCUGGCGUGAGGUAACUUGACGAUGCAACGCUCUGUUUUUGGGAGUUUUCUGGCCGGUCGCUCCGGAGUCGGAGCUUCACUCCAGGAUUGGGAUUGGCCGGAGGGUUUGGAGAACCCCCUUACUCUGUUGACCCCGCAAUUUCCAACUAGCGCCCCCCCCACCCCCCGUUGAGUGAUGACGCCCGAAUCUCUCGAUGUCAAAUACUUCCAUUUUUUUUAUAUUAAAAAGAAAGUAUUUAAAUCGCU